AUGGUUUGCUGUGGAUUCAAUUCAUUCUUCCCCAUCAGUUACAUCGUGGGCGACGUGCUGACCGAGGUCUAUGGUUUUCGAAUAGCACGCGGGGUGAUCUGGCUGGGGUUUGGCGCGAAUCUGCUGGUGGUCGUCGCCCUGUGGCUGACCGGUAUAAUUCCGGGUGCUUUCUUCUGGGGUGAGUCGGACCAGGGUUCCUACAGCCGCAUAGUGGGGCAGGUGCCAGGUAUUCUGGUCGCCUCUUUUAUCGCCUACCUGAUCGGCGAGUUUUCCAACUCCACGGUGCUGGCGCUGUUGAAGUACAAGAUGCAGGGCAGGCUGCUGUUCGUGCGGACGAUAGGUUCGACUGUGGUGGGGCAGGGGCUUGAUUCCUUCAUCUUCAUUUUCAUUGCCUUCGGAGUGUUCAGCGACUGGAGCGCUACCGCGCUGCUGGGGGCAGCCUUGGCCCAGUGGAUCAUCAAGAUACUCUACGAGGCGGCGGCAACGCCGUUGACCUACCUGGUCGUUGGGUUCAUGAAGCGCAAGGAGGAGAUGGACGUUACCGACGUUCCGCGUUCGCUGAAUCCGCUGGGUAUUUUUUCAUAG